GCACAGGACUUGGAAGGAACGGGAGGUGCACCUGAAGAUCCGGCUCGAAGGACAAUGUUGGCGUGGGGCGUUGGGGGUGAAAGUCCAAAAACCGCAAGGGAAGUAAAAUGGCGUCUGCUUUCCUUUUCACUGUGACGUGACUCGCACUGGCGCUUAGCUGCCCAUAUGAAAGAGGGAGAGGCCGCCGACGCUAGCAGCGCUCUGCCAGCAGAUGUUGCUGGCAAGCGUUGCCAUGUCAACACUGGCAGAGUGCUGCCACAUCAACAGCGAAUAUGCCGGAAUUACUUUUAGCAUACUACGAUGUGCCCUUGGAAAGUCCGCUGAAGCUAUCCAGUAAUGGACAUCUAGACUUGAUAAUUCCAAAAACAACUGGUGGCCACAAGCCAUAUGUUAUUGGAGCUUCGCUAAAUACACAAUAUGAAGCAGAGAGCAUCCAUUUCCACUGGGGUUCAGCCGAAACGCUAGGGUCUGAGCACGAAAUUGAUAACAAACGAUUCGAUAUAGAGAUGCAUAUUGUACACCGAAAUAUGCGCUAUCCUGAUAUGAAUGAAGCGAAGAAACAUCCCGAUGGAUUAGCCGUUUUGGCCAUUAUGUAUAUGUUCGGUAGACCAAACGCAAUAACCAGGACAGUCAACCCUAAGUUUUUUAGGGGGUCCGGUCCUCGGCUCAAUGAAUUAUUUCCGAAAUUAAAAGCAAACAAUUUCUUCACAUAUAAUGGCUCGCUGACCUCAGGGAACUGCGAGGAGUCCGUCACUUGGAUCGUAUUUGCCCAAGAGUUGACGAUGACAAAAUUACUGACGUCUAUAUUUUCGAGCAUACAGGACUCCAAUGGAGGACAUUUAAAACCCAACUACCGUCAGAUUCAACCCCUUAACAAUCGCACGGUAUUUUAUCGCCCUUAGCACCAAGGUUAUUUGUAAUAAUCCUGUGCUGUCCACUUUGCUACGGUCAUAGAGGCAAAUAAUUUACCCAAAUAUUUAUCCACAAAACUUAAUUUUUAAUCAGCUUUAAUAAUAUUAAAUAUAAUUUGAGAAAUUUGUGUGUG